AUGAUUUGUCCUCCAUCUGACAACCGCCAAGCGCUCCCCAGCUCAUCUUUCACUUUUUUCAUCACCAAUCAACAACUCUCGACAUCAACCAACACAAAGGACAAAGGCAAGGGCAAGCAUGCCCGCUCUUGGUCAAUUCCUGGAUCUACAAUCAACACUGAAGCUGAAGAUGAUACCAACACACCUGAAGUCAUCAGUGGACCCGCUCAAAAGAUUCUUCCAGCCCCUAAACAAAGUGCCCUAGCCGGUCCCAGCAAAGGUAAAUCCAAGGUUGUGAAUAAGAAGAGUGGACCCCGACGUAAGGAUACUGAGGCCAAGUUGAACUUGGCUAUUGCAGCUGAUGCUGGUGUCACCCGGAAUCUCGAUCAAGACUCUGACAAUGACAACAGCCGUGUACGUAAGAUCGGUCAGAGCCACCUUUGA